AUGCCUAAAUUAGAACAGUUUGAAAUCAAAAAAUACUGGCAAAUCUUUUCAGGUUUGAAACCAGUAGAAAACAAAGUGACUCAUGAUCAAGUAUUACCCAUUCUUUACAAUUCCAAAUUAGAUUCAUCCAUCUUAAACAAGAUUUGGUUUCUUGCUGAUAUUGAUGAUGAUGAUAACUUGGAUUUUGAAGAAUUCGUCAUCUGUAUGAGAUUGAUCUUUGAUAUGGUUAACAAGAAUAUUGAAAAAGUACCUGAUGAAUUACCUGAAUGGUUAAUCCCAGGAAGUAAAGCUAAAUUAGUUAAAGAAAGAAUGAAAAUGAAACAGCAGGAAAAUGCUGAUAUCCCAAAGAAGGAACCUCCAAAGAUGGAUUGGUAUAUGUCUCCAGAAGAUAAAACAUUAUAUGAAGAUUUAUGGAAUUCUUGUACUAAAUUCACAGAUGGUACUGCGACAUUUCCAGCUUUAACAAUCGUUUUGAAAAGUAAAUUUUUUAAUAUUGGAACUAGCGAUUUCUCGAAGAUUUGGGAACUAAUUAAUCCAAAAAAUUUAGCUUCUAUUGAUAAAGAUCCAGCUCUAUUGUUCAUUCAUUGUCUAAGGCAACGUAAUGAUGUUAAUGCUGCAAUUCCAAAGGAAUUACCUCCGGCGUUGGCUAAUAUUUGUAAUAAACAAACAAUUAAAUAUGAUUUGGAUUCAAAUCAACCAAACCUUACUAGGCCAACCACGACUGCUCCAAUAACUACAAACACAGAUAAUGAAUCACCUUCAACAAGUGACGCUGAGAUUAAAAGAUUAGAAAAUAAAUUGAAAGAGCUAGAUACAAAAUCAGAAGCCAAAAGGAAUCAACCUGUAGCAUCAUCCACUUCAUCUAUAGACCCAGAGAGAUUAAAUGUAGUAAGGGAACAAUUUGAAGGUCUCUUGGAUUAUCUAAGACAACAAACAUUAAACAAUGCAUCAAAUGCUCAACCGCCAUCGGCAGAUAUUAGAGUCAUAACUGAAGAUUUAGAUAGUAUUGAACAGCAAGUAAAGGUUUUAGAAAAUUAUUUGACUAAAAAGAAAGAUGAAUUGCAAUCAUUAAAACAAGAAAUUCAAUCUCAUUCCAACUAG